AUGCAGGAGGCGUCAUCUGCGGCGGCCGAGCCCGGCCGCCGGCCGGCGCAGCAUCAGUUCGCGGGCGUCGACCUCCGCCGGCCCAAGGGGUACGCCGCGGCGCCGGUGGAGGCAUCACCGGCGGUAGCCAAGGUGGCCGAGGGCGGCGAGGGGGACCCGUGCCCUCGGUGCGCGUCGCGGGACACCAAGUUCUGCUACUACAACAACUACAACACCUCCCAGCCGCGCCACUUCUGCAAGGGCUGCCGCCGCUACUGGACCAAGGGCGGCACGCUGCGCAACGUCCCCGUCGGAGGCGGCGCCCGCAAGAAGCCCUCGUCGACGUCGCCGUCGCCGUCGUCCUACGCGGCCGCCGCCGCCGCCGACAACAAGCCGCCCAAGAAGAAGCCCGCCAGCAAGAAGCGCCGCGUCGUGGCGCCGACCCCGGAGCCCGCCGCCGCCGCCGACUCCGCCAAGACGACCACCACCACCGCGCGAGCGAGAUCACCACGGAGACUGCUGCGCCUGCCCCGGCGGCGGCGGCGGAGGACUCCGACUCCCUGGCGCACCUGCUGCUGCAGCCCGGGGCGGAGGAGGCCGUCGCGCUCGGGCUCGGGCUCUCCGGUUUCCCCUCCGCUGCCGGGAAGGCGGUGCUGGAGGACGACUCGUUCGUGUGGCCAGCGGCGUUCGACCUGGGCACGUGCUGGGCCAGCGCCGGGUUCGCCGACACCGACCCCGCCAGCCUCUUCCUCAACCUCCCGUGACAGUGACGCGGUCGCGGCGCCGAGGCGUCCUCCUGCUCUGCUCAGUCAGGUGUGGGUUUUGCGGCCGGCCUGCCUGACUGGAACCUGA